GCACAAGCAACCCGUGACUGGUGACUCCUACGCGCCGCACCGGAACCGGUCGAACCAGCCCGGCCCCUGGAGUAACCCUUGUCCCCUUCAACCCCCUUCUGUUCCGCUCGCCGACCCGACCGCCGCCGCCGCCACCUGCUGCGGCUCGUCGCCGGCGAGGUGCCACCCGCACCGAUUUCCCAGUCCUCCAUCGUCGAGAGGCGCCGCCCUUUUCCCGGUCCUCACCUCGCGGGCAAGGCUCGCGCGGGUCGAUUCCUUCCUCCCCGCAAUUGGUGGCUGCGCGCGAGGUCGAUCCGGCGGAGCUGCGGGGCGCGGUUUAUUUUCUCCUCCCCAGAAAUUUCGCGGGGCUUGGCUGGACUGAGGAACCCCCCCAUGCCGGACGUGAAGCCCCCCGCUGCCGUUCCCGCUGCCGCCGGCGCCAAGGCGGCGGCGGGUGACGCGCCUUCCCCUGCGCCCGCUGCUCCCGCUCCGCCCCCCGCGGCCGCCAACGGCAAUGGGACGCCGCAGAAGCCGCCUCCCGUCCCCGCCGCGGCCUUCGACAUGCCCAAGCCCAACCUCCGGGGCCUCAACAAGCCCAAGUGCAUCCAGUGCGGCAAUGUCGCCCGCUCCCGGUGCCCGUUCCAGUGCUGCAAGGCCUGCUGCUACAAAGCCCAAAAUCCUUGCCACAUUCAUGUUCUGAAGCAGACCAACACAUUGCCAGACAAGCCAUCACCUACUUCUGCUCCUUUGACAGAACAGCCAUCUACCAAUUUACCUGCAACCGGUUCAGCAUCAAGGCUUGCUUGCUUGCAGAAGCUUCCCCACCAUUUUCUGAAUUCUCUCCGAACAAAAAAGGCGCUUGCCAAAAAGGAUGUUGCGAGCAUAAACAAGUGGAGAUUUAUGAAGUUAAAGGAACAUAUGCAAGGAGAUAUUGAUGCUGAAAAUGAAGCAUAUGAGAGGUACACACAGAAUGUUGGGCUCCUGGAGGAAACAUUCUGUCCCAUGGAGGAUGCUGCUAAUGAAUCUGAAGCUGAAGCAACUUCCUCUUCAGAAGAAGAAAGGAUGGACCUGUUGGUUUCAGAGGCAAAGGUGAGGUUGAAGUCGGAUAACGAAAAUGCAGAUAGCUUCAAGGAGAGGGUUGCCACUAUCUUGGACGAGAAGCUGAAGAAACUGCAAGAGCGUCAAAGUGCCUAUGACUAUGAGGAUGACAAACCACCAUCGAAUGCAGAUAGCUUCAAGGAGAGGGUUGCCACUAUCUUGGACGAGAAGCUGAAGAAACUGCAAGAGCGUCAAAGUGCCUAUGACUAUGAGGAUGACAAACCACCAUCUGAUCAGGAUCAAGAUGAUCAUACAACCCCAGUGAAGUUUAGUGCAAAGCAGAAGAUGGAGAGAGCCGCAAAAUUUAAUGAGCUGCUUGGUAGGAUGACAAGAGCACGGAGCGAGGAUGAUUUGAAGCCUUGCCGUGAUCUCAUCGAGCAGCUGUUUGGAAAGGAGGCGCUGUUUGGAAAAGAGAAUGGUACCCCCAUGUACGAGUCAAACAGAAUGGAGACGGAGCCGAGCGGCCGGGAGUCAACUACCGUAGCAGCAGCAGCACGGACGUAUUCCUUCCCAAAGCUGUGCACUAGGAUAGAAGUUGGCGAGGAGUUUGCCUCCAAGGUCGAUGCUGAAUUCUCUUCUUUGAGUGAGGUUGCGCAGCUAUGAAGUAUGAAUCUGCAACCUGGGCUGAUCCCUACACCACUGUUCGGUAGGGGGUGUUGUCACCGAGCUUCUGCGCUGCGUGCUAACUUGACAGUGUAAUUGGUAGAUGUUUGUUUAGUGACCGGUCAUUUAGUGUAAACAGUGUGGCGUCAGUUAGAGUAAUGCUGCGUUUUAUAUAAUCAGUUUUCUUGAGCUGUGUUUGUCCUGAAUACAUGGAGCAUGAAUCGAAUUGUUGUCUCAGUUAAAAUGGCAACUGCUGGGCUGCUCACU